GAAAAAUUUUGCUCAUUUGAAUCAUUCAAUGAGUUUUGUAUAUCACUACUUGACAUACUGUUAUUUAUAUUUGACUGUGACUCGUAAUUAUAAUUAUUAUUAUCAAUGUAAUUUACGCGUCUAGAACUUGCAGUGCGCAUUGUGACAUCGGUAUUGGAACCCGACGCUACUUCCAGAGUGCUAACGUUUCGUAUGCGUACAAGCCUAACCAAAUAAGCAGAUAUUGGCCUGGCGUUGCUGGUUCGUAGUGCAGACGAAGCUGGAUAGGUGUGCCGUCCUUAACUCGCUCGUCUCCUACUCAUCCAGGCAGGCUCUGCACAGAGAGCUGUCAGAAAUACCUAUAUUACAAAGGCAUUUGUUGAAGUAGCCAUGACUCGUGAGUAUACCUACGGUUAGUUUUAGUACAUGUCUAGGGAUUCUGAUUAACUUACGUGAUAGCUGCAAGUUUAUCUGCGGUCCUGGAGUUUUGCCCAUUAUUCAUCGUGUUGUCAUUGACAGCGCUCCAUUAUCCAGGUUCUCAGCUGUCGAUAAGGUAUGGGUACAUUUGGCUCCGGGCCAAUGGCCGUCCUACUGGACCCAUCCCUAGCUAAGCAGUCUGCCGUAUCGUUGCCUCUUGGGCGACUGUGUCCUUUAAUCCAUUUUAGGGUCAGCCUAUUGUCGUUACAAAUAUUAGUCAACUUUCAGUGGCAUUCAUAAAUUAACCCUGAUGUCAUUAUAUUGUAGUCUAGUGCCUGUAGGACAGAAGCGCUGUCAGAAAGAAUACGAAUAUGUUUUCCUCUUACCCCGCGACAGUCUAUCGCCUUUGCGGCUCUAAUGAUGCCCACACACUCUGCCUUGCAGACCGCGCUAUAGGUUCCCAAUGCUGUUGAAAUGUGUAUAUUUAGGUCUUCGGAGAAGACACCCGAACCUAGACCCUCAGCUCCUUAUGCAGACAACGGUCCGGAGUGUCUUCAUAAAGUUGUAUAUUUUAUUUUCUGUCGAAACGUACGUUUUAGGUAUAAGGUCGUUUACUGCUGCAAAAUACGGAAAGUGCCUAUGUAUGUCUGCUAAAAUGCUGGUAUGUGGGGAAUUGUAGUCCCUUCAUAGCCCCAGCAUGCUUAAAUGUGUGGCUGAACAAGCGCCUUCCUGUUGUAUAUAUAAAUGGAGUGGUCUCCCGUAAAGUAUUGUCUCCAUUGCGCUGAUAUGGGAGAGUUUUUCAUGCAACCAGUGAUUGCACAGCAGGCCCGCCCCGUGUUAACUUACCUGGAUUGUCUUGGUCCACCAUACUAAAGCUGCGUAGCUGAUGAUGGGCCUAAUUAUGGUCGUUGACACACACCUAACAAUGAACGGUGAUAGUCCCCAACUUUGCUAAUCAUUUUACGACAUUGCCAGAAAAUGAUAUUCGUCUUCGUGAUAGUUUCGUCUAUGUGUGAUAAAAAAAUCAACCACAAAAUUCCAAAUUUUAUUCUACCAUUUUAGCGGCGUGGUUGAAAAAAUCAACCACAAAAUUCCAAAUUUUAUUCUACCAUUUUAGCGGCGUGGUUGCUCCACAAAAUUACAGCUUUCUAGUGCUAAUAGUCUCCAAGUAAAACCGGGAACGGACAGACAGACACGACGAAACUAUAAGGGUUCCUUGUCAGGACUACGAGACCCUAAAAAUCCAUUCAGUCCAGGUUUCAGACGGGAUUCGAACCCACAGAUGCACUAACCAAUUAUGCUACAGAGACCUUAUUGGCCGUAUCGAAUUCAUUCGGAUAGCAGAAUAUGCGGGUACGAUGUAACCUGGACCAAGUAUUUAUUUUUCUAGUGAAAUUUUCUUUUGUUUCGAAGGAGUUUGUGGCAUUUAGUAUCUGUAUUGCAAAAAGGAUGUACUUUGAAAAGGUUAUUUAUUUAUUCAUGGAUUGCAUAUCACAUUCACAAAAAUAAGGUGGUAGAGAAAAAUACAGUAACCAUGUGACGCCCUGCAAGGGCACAGCAACUUUAGAGGGUUAUUAUAUAUUUAAAAUAGAUUAUUAUACAAUUGCACAAUAAAAUUCAUAAGGUCGGGUAAUUCAUAGGUCGAUAACUUCUCUUUAUCUUUAGCUUACAAUAAAAUAUAGCAGUGUACAACCACUUGCAAUCUUUAAGUUAGUUAUUUCUCGUCAGUAACGGUAACAACACGAAUAGUCCGAUUUAUUUAUCUAAUCAGAAAUUAUUUAUUGCUUUAAGCACUAAAGUCAGUGUUAAGUGUUUGUUUACGAAAAUAUAUAAAGUUAAAAACACUUUCUUUUAAAGCGGAUGUUUUUAUUAGUUUUAAUGUAAUUUGUCUUAUAAAUUGGAUUUAUUAUAAAUGUACUUACUCAAUUUCUGACAUUUGGCAGGAAUAUUGUUUUUAUGGAAUAAAUGACUAAUGGCAAUUCCCUAAAAUUCACAAAAAUUAGAAUAUUCAUAAAGCUCUAAACUUUAAUCUUAUUAGGAGGCAACUGUUAUUGCCACAAAAAAAAUUAUAAGCAUUCAAAAAAAAAAUUGUUUCUAAAGAACGUGAUAAGGGCUUACAAUUUAAUAUCAUAUUUAACUUUAUAUAUAAACUAAACUUACAAAACAAUAAAAAGGCGAGAAUAGUAUUGCGGCUGUGAAAUAGGAAUCAAUAAGGAAUCAGUAUGCUUUUGAACGAUGUUAUGUUUGUUUUUGGGCUUUUAUGUACAGUAGAAGCAUCUAGAAUAUUAGUUGUUUACCCGUUCCCCAUACGAAGCCUCGAUAUAUUGGGUCAGGGUUUCGUCAGACAUUUGCUAAAUGCGGGACAUGAGGUGACUUACGUAACGUGUUACCCUAAGAAGAGUGACAACAACACUAACUUGCGCCAAGUUGAUAUAAGCAGCAACUUAGUGGAUAUGUCAGACGAAGGCUUCAAUAUAAGCAAUGUGAUGAGAAACAAAAUAGAUGUGUAUGAUGUGAAAAUGUACCAAGAUUUUUCAUUUUUUUUUGCAAUUGUAACAUUCAACAAUACAAAUGUACAAAAGCUACUCGAAGACACAAACCAGUCUUUUGACGCUGUGUUAGUGGAUUAUGAUGAAACUGAGAUUUAUGCAGGCCUAGCCUCUUUGUACGGCUGUCCAAUGAUAUGGGCUACAUCGUUGGGUCCUCAUUGGCAAGCAUUACGACUGGUCGACGAGCCUUCCAAUCCGGCUUACACGGCGGACUAUCUGUCCUCAAACCUAGUGCCUUUCACGUUUUAUCAGAGACUUGAGGAAUUGUGGGCGCGAAUUAAAUGGAUUUGGUGGAAAAGGACGAGCACAAUGCCCAAGGAAAGAGACACAUUCGAGAAUAUUUUCAAACCUCUUUUCGAAAAACGUGGAAGAACUUUACCUAACUACGAUGAAAUGAUUUAUAAUUCUUCUCUCGUAUUUAGCAAUAGCCAUAAUGUAUUCGGGGAUGUACCGAGUCUACCACAGAACUUGAAACUUAUUGGGGGCUAUCAUAUUGAACAUCCCCCAAAACCUUUACCACAGGACCUACAAUCGCUUAUGAACAGCGCUAAACAUGGAGUUAUAUACUUUAGCAUGGGAUCCACGUGGAAUAGCAAGGACUUCCCUAAAUCUAUGAUCGAAGGUCUACUUAGAGUAUUUGGAAAACUCAAGCAAACCGUCAUUUGGAAAUUCGAGGACGAUCUGCCAAAUGUUCCAGCCAACGUGAAGAUAUUAAAGUGGGCGCCUCAACCCAGUAUAUUAGCUCACCCCAAUUGUCUUCUAUUCAUAACACACGGAGGUCAACUGUCUUCUACUGAAUCUAUACACUAUGGAGUGCCAAUAAUUGGCAUACCGAUAUUCUUCGAUCAAUUUGUAAAUAUCAACAAAGCGGUGGCGAAGGGCUAUGCGAUAAAGGUACCCCUAAAUUAUGAAUUGCCCAAUAAUUUAGGAGUCGCUAUUCAAACUAUUAUUUUCAACCCGAAAUAUAGAAAAUUAGCAAAAGACUUGUCGUCUAUCUACCACAACAGGCCGUUGCCACCAGGGAAAGAGGCUGUUUACUGGGUGGAACACGUGAUCAAGACAGGAGGUGCCCUGCACUUACGAUCUCCUUCGCUUACCGUAUCCUUCUACCAGAAAUACUAUCUGGAUCUGGCUGCUGCUAUAAUCGCUUUAAUAUUUGCAGUAUGCAAAAUGGUGAAAUGGUUGCUUCCAAAUAAGAAAGGUAGUUCAACAGUAAUAAAAGAAAAGAGGAAUUGAUUGAU